CAACCUGCGACAGCGCGGGCAGCGGUUUGUUUUGGUGGCUGAGUUUGAAUGAGAUGCUCACUGCGGCGUCUCCAACGUUAAUCGGUUAACGGUGAAUUAAAAUGAUUCACGAGCUGUUGCUGGCGUUAAGUGGAUACCCGGGGACUAUUUUCACCUGGAACAAACGGACAGGUUUGCAGGUGUCCCAGGAUCUGCCCUUCUUGCACCCCAGUGAGACCAGUGUCCUCAACCGGCUCUCUAAACUGGGCUCAGAUUACAUCCGCUUCACAGAGUUCAUAGAACAACACACAGGCCAUGUGCAUCAACAGGAACACCACACGAACCAGCCCAACCAGACAGGACUUCAUGGAAUUUAUCUGCGGGCGUUUUGCACCGGGCUGGACUCGAUCCUGCAGCCCUACAGACAGGCCCUGCUGGACCUUGAACAAGAGUUCCUCGGAGAUCCACAUCUGACAAUAUCUCAUGUGAAUUACAAGCUCGACCAAUUCCAGUUGCUGUUUCCGUCUGUGAUGGUGGUGGUGGAGUCUAUAAAAUCACAGAAGAUCCACGGCUGCCAGAUCCUGGAGACGGUGUACAAGCACAGCUGUGGGGGGCUUCCUCCCGUCCGCAUGGCGUUAGAAAAGAUUCUUGCUGUGUGCCACGGUGUGAUGUACAAACAGCUAGCAGCCUGGAUGCUGCACGGACUGCUGCUGGACCAAAGCGAGGAGUUUUUCGUGAAGCAGGGGCCCAGUGCAGGAGGAGCUGCUGCCAACCAGGAGGAGGAGGAGGAGGACCUGGGGCUGGGAGGUCUGAGCGGGAAGCAGCUCAGAGAACUACAGGACCUGAGGCUGAUCGAGGAGGAGAACAUGCUGGCUCCGUCUCUGCAGCAGUUCUCUCUCAGAACAGAGAUGUUGCCAUCUUACAUUCCCAUCAGAGUGGCUGAGAAGAUCCUCUUCGUCGGAGAAUCUGUCCAGAUGUUUGAAAACCACAACCACAGCCCGUCUAGAACUGGCUCGAUACUGAAGCACCAGGAGGACAUGUUUGCUGCUGAGCUGCACAGACUCAAACAGCAGCCUCUUUUCAGCCUCGUGGAUUUUGAGAAUUUGAUCGAUCGCAUCAGGAGCACAGUGGCUGAGCAUCUCUGGACGCUGAUGGUGGAGGAGUCAGAUCUGCUCGAACAGCUCAAGAUCAUUAAAGACUUCUACUUGUUGGGUCGUGGCGAGCUUUACCAGGUUUUCAUUGACCUUGCGCAGCACAUGCUGAAGACGCCGCCAACAGCCGUCACUGAGCACGACGUAAACGUGGCCUUUCAGCAGGCGGCUCAUAAAGUGCUCCUGGACGACGACAACCUGCUGCCUCUGCUGCACCUCACUGUGGACUACCAGGGCAAAGACAGCAAAGAGGCAACGGGCCCCAGAGACGGAGCCACUCCUCCACAAGACACGUCCCCCCGUGAGGUCCCGCCCACAGGUUGGGCAGCUCUUGGUCUCACCUACAAGGUUCAGUGGCCGCUGCACAUCCUCUUCACUCCUGCCAUCCUGGAGAAGUACAACGUGGUGUUCAGGUACCUGCUGAGUGUGCGGCGGGUGCAGUCACAGCUGCAGCACUGCUGGGCUCUACAGAUGCAGAGGAAACACCUCAAGUCCAGCCAGACGGACGCCGUGAAGUGGAGACUACGUAACCACAUGGCGUUCCUGAUCGACAACCUGCAGUACUACCUCCAGGUGGACGUGCUGGAGUCUCAGUUCUCUCAGCUGCUGCAGCAGAUCAACUCCACCAGAGACUUUGAGAGCAUCAGACUGGCCCACGACCACUUCCUCAGUAACCUGCUCGCCCAGUCCUUCAUCCUCCUCAAACCGGUGUUCCACUGUCUGAACGAGAUCCUCGAGCUGUGUCUGAACUUCUGCUCACUGGUCAGUCAGAGCGUGGCGUCACUGGACGAGAGGGGAACGGCUCAGCUGGACAUCCUGGUCAAGGGCUUCAGACGGCAGUCCUCUUUACUGUUUAAGAUCCUGUCGAGUGUGAGGAAUCAUCAGAUCAACUCUGACCUGGCUCAGCUGUUACUGCGACUGGACUACAACAAGUACUACACCCAGGCUGGAGGCACGCUGGGCAGUGUUUAAGAAGAAAACAAAGGAUUAAGAUUGAGAGAUAUGUCCAUCUAACUCGACUCUCACUGAGCUCCCAUCGGUCUUCUCCUCUGCCUGAGUACUGUUAGCAUGGCAUGCCUGUCUAACUUAUAUUUAAAGGGUUAACCCAUCCAAAUUAUACAUUCAUAUUUCCUAUCCAAACAUGCAAAUAGUUUUUCAGAUCUGCCUCUGAACCUUCUGACACCACCUCAACACGACAGAGGUGGAUAAGAUCCUGUUUGUGGUGCUCACAGCGCUGAAAAAUGACAUUUGGAGACAGCAAAUAGCUUUUUCAGACGAAAUGACGUCACUGUGAACAGAUUCAGUGGAACUACUAAAAUGCCACUCCCCUUAUACCUUUGAACAUGCAUAGUGUGUCGACGCUGCGGCGGCAGGGGAUGCCAAAAAAACAAUGAAACAUGUAAACUUACUGGGAGAACCAUGUCACGCUGCUGUGGCCAAUCACAUAACGAGCAGACCAUGAGAAUAAAUAAUAAUAAUAAUGAUUAUUGUUGGCGCAGCUUUUAUGCAACAACUGGAUCUCUUUCCAUUUUGACUCUGAGCCUAGCACUUAUCAGUUUUCACUGUUAUGUCUGUUGUUCCCCUGUCCACCAUUUCCUCCACUGCGGAUACUAAAGCACUUACACUGAUACUAGGGAUGCACAGUAUUGGUUUUUUUUUUUU